UCUUCUGCAUUUCUUUUUUUGUUCUCACAUAAAGGCAACCUCCUCCAACAUCCUCAUCUUCAUCCUGUAGAUGACUUCUACACUGUGUGUCAGCAAAACUUUAUUUUUAAACAAAGGAAGAGAAAGGAUUAAAUGUUACUUGUUUACAAAACGAUUUAUUUAGACAGCUGGGAAGGUUUGGUACUUUUUCAAAUGCAGAUUUUGGGAUUGGGUAAACAGGAUAUAGCAUAAUUUCCCAGUGGUUGUGUGAAUGCUUAACACCCAUGUACGUCUAUACUUCACCUUACACAGGCUGAGCUGUUGAGAAAGGAAACAAAAUGACUGAUCCAAACAAACCAGAAGUUGUGCUGGACUUCUCGGACCUUUACGAAGUGAUGUUCAACUACACGGAUGGUCUGAACAACAGUUAUAUUCUAGAUGAGGCAACCCUUGCCUGCCAGAUAUUUACUUUAUCGUUCUUCAUGAACAUUGCUAUGUGCAUUCUGUUUGUGCACAUCUUCCUCCUUGCCAUUCCUGGUAACAUCACUGUCGGCCUGGUGAUCCUCUGGAACUUGCGCUUCCUUUCUCCAUCUGACAUUUACCUGUUUCACCUGAUAAUCGCGGACCUGCUGAUGGCCCUCACGCUCCCCUUCUUCUCCACCUCUCUCAUCGUUGGAUGGGUCUUCGGAGAUGCCAUGUGCAAGCUAAUCAGCUUAGUUAAAGAAGCUAACUUUUACACCAGCAUCCUCUUUUUGGUUUGCAUUAGCGUCGAUCGCUACAUGGUCAUUGUGCGAGCCAUGGAGGCCCGGAAGGUCCAAAGGUUCAUGUGUACCUGGAUAGUUUGCGUUGUGGUCUGGAUAGUUGGUAUCGUACUCUCCCUCCCUGCCGUGUACAACAACGCUCAUUACAUCAAAGGCAACGACUUGCAGAUUUGCGCCGAAAGUUAUGAAUCAGACAUCGCAGACGAAUGGAGGAUAGCGAAUCGUCUAAUGAGGCACCUUCUGGGCUUCCUGCUACCUCUAUGCAUCAUGCUGACGUGCUACGGCCUGACGGUGGCUAGGCUGCUGCGUACGCGAGGUUUUCAGCGCCAGAGAGCCAUGAAAGUGAUUGCAGCUGUGAUGGUGGCGUUCUUAUUGUGCUGGAUGCCCUUCAACUUGGCCACCAUGGUUGAUACACUUUUGAGAGCCAAUCUGAUGGAAAAUGGCUGUCAGGCUCAACACGCUGUAAGCUUGGCCAUGUUUGUCACACAGAGCCUGGCGCUGCUGCACUGCUGUAUCAACCCCUUGUUGUACGCCUUCGUGGGAGAGAAGUUCAGGAAAAGGUUCUUUCACAUGAUAAAAAAGACACGGCCAAUAGAGCGUAGCACGCCAUCGAGGUCCACAAGGUCCACCUCGCAGACUUCAGAGGGUGCAUCUCACUUACUUUGAGUAACAGGUUUUGUAGAAUGUCACAGCAUGGACAUGAAUGCCUAAAAAUGAUAUUUAUUAGGAAAGGGAUGCCAAUGUACUGUAUACAAGUGCGUAUCAUAAAGUCUCAAGACUAGUUUGGUAUCACAGCCCUGCAAACGCACAUCUCCAAAAAGUGAACAAAUCAGAUUGUGAUAAUGUGUUAAAUAAUUUUUUUACUGUUGGUUACUCCAAAGUGGGCAUUAGUUGUGAAAUUUGAAAUUAAUUAAGUAACCAUGAAUUUGAGUAACCAUAAUAUGGAAGUUAUAAAUAUUAUAUACACAAAUCAGGUAUUACAUUAUGACCACCUGCCUAAUAUUGUGUUCUGACCUGUCAAGCAUUAACAGCAUGAACUUCUUCAGCAGUUUGAGCUUUAGGAGCUCUUCUGUUGUAUCGUCCACACGGGCCGUCAAUGAGCCUCGACCGUCCAUGACCCUGUCACCGGUUCACCGCUGUUCCUUCCUUGGAGCACUUUUGAUACUGUCCACUGCAGACCAGAAACAUCCCACAAGAGCUGCAGUUUUGGAGAUGCUCUGACCCAGUCGUCUAGACAUUACGCUUGCCCAUUCUUCCGGCUUUGAACACGUCAACUUUGAGGACAAAAUGUUCACUUGCUGCCUAAUAAAUCACACGCACUAACAGGUGCUAUGAUGUAGAGA